UUUGUUUUAUAAGAAUAUAAUAUUAUUUUAAUGGAAUUCCGUGACACUUUAGAGGAAUUGGACGAUGACACGUUUGACGACGCUAAAUCUACUCGUACUACCGACGAAAAUCGCAAGCAAAAUCACAGUGAAAUUGAAAAAAGGCGACGAGAUAAAAUGAACACAUAUAUAAAUGAGUUAUCGUCUAUGAUACCCAUGUGUCAUGCAAUGCACCGAAAACUGGAUAAAUUAUCAGUAUUGCGUAUGGCAGUCCAACACUUACGCAGCAUACGUGGCACAGUUCAUCCAUACAGUGGUGGCGAUUAUAAACCAACAUUCCUUUCAGAUCAAGAACUUAAAAUGCUUAUAUUGCAAGCAGCUGAAGGAUUUUUAUUUGUUGUUGGUUGCGACAGGGGACGAAUUCUAUACGUUUCUGAAUCUGUUUCAAAAGUUCUUAAUUGUACACAAGAUGAUUUACUUGGACAAAGUUGGUUCGAUGUACUUCAUCCAAAAGAUGUGGCAAAAGUAAAGGAGCAAUUAUCGUCGCUGGAACCAGUGCCAAGAGAACGUCUAAUUGACGCUAAAACUAUGCUACCUGUCAAAACAGAUAUUCCACAAAGUUUGUGUAGGUUGUGUCCAGGAGCGAGACGUUCAUUCUUCUGUCGUAUGAAAGUUAAAGCUCACAGCAAUCAAAUCAAAGAAGAAUCAGAUACAUCAUCCAGUUCGCGUAGUUCGACAAAACGAAAAUCAAAGUUAAGUGUAGAUCAUAAAUAUAGAGUUAUACAGUGCACAGGUUACCUUAAGUCAUGGACACCAAUCAAAGACGAAGAACAAGAUGCAGAUAGCAAUGACCAAAUGACGAACCUUUCAUGUUUAGUAGCAGUCGGUAGAAUACCACCUAAUGUGUUGGAAUCUAAUAUACCAUCGUCGUUAGAUACUCAUCCCAACAUAAGACAUGUUUUAUUUAUAUCCAGACAUUCCAUAGAUGGAAAAUUUCUUUUUAUAGAUCAAAGAGCCACAUUGGUCAUUGGUUUUCUGCCUCAAGAGAUACUUGGCACCAGUUUUUAUGAAUAUUUCCAUAAUGAUGAUACACCCGCAUUAGCAGAAUCACACAAAACUGUAAUGCAAAUACCAGAGAAAGUAACGACACAAGUGUAUCGAUUUCGUUGUAAGGAUAAUAAUUUUGUACAAUUACAAAGUGAGUGGAGAGCUUUUAAGAACCCGUGGACUAAUGAUAUUGAUUAUAUAAUCGCAAAAAAUUCCGUGUUUUUGUAAGUUAAAAAAUAAAGAAUUACUUAAUCGAAA